UCUUUUACACAAGGUAAAACAUUUUGUUUUUCUUAUUUAUUGUUGUACUUUUCAAGAAAAUUUAUGGGGAAAUGGCAGAAUUCUAUGACGUAUCUUGGCUUAUUUCUUAAUUUCCUACCUCUUUGUAUAAGUAAUAAUGAGUUGGUUAUAAGUUUACAAAGGUUUACAUUUAUGCUAUCCAUCCCAUUCAGCUUUAUAUUGGUUAGAAUACUGAGUUGUGAGAAUACCUAUGGUAACAAUACCAUAGGCAAAGAAGAAUAUUAGUAACAUUUGUCCCUCCUAAGCAUAAAGCUAUACCAUCACAUUCCAGUUGCCUUUGUCAUUUUAACCAGAGUUUUCUUCAUUUUCAACAUCUUCUACAAAUCCAGUCUUUUUUUCUCCAAACCACCUCAACAAAUGAUAUUGAUCUAAGAGAACAUUUUCAGUUAUUCAAUAUGUCAAUGUUUUCAAAACUGCUGAACUUGUGUUAUUUCAAAAUAAUAAAUCCAUCAUUACCAUACAUCUGGGUGACUGUAAAAGUCACUAGUGCUAGUCCCCCCACUUUCAGCGAGACAACCAUGGCGCGAACAGUUGCAUUGGUAUGUUUCGCUGCCGUAAAAUGGCAUAUACAACCACAAAUACAACCAUCCGACUGGUGCAGCUUAAGAAAGAAAUUUCAGGGCUUCCAUUUAGUACAUUUUUCAAAGUUCAUGUAUGAGAACAAUAUUUCUUCGUGUAUUCAUGUUUUUUAGGAGUUUGCAACAUCAAAAGUUCGGAGCAAAGCAAUCGAUCAACAGGGCUCAGUCACUCAGUACUAUGCUCAGUACUUUUGUAAAUAUCCAUCGGAGAAGUCUGGCUGGGAGAAUGGUACUUAGACUAAUUGUAGGCUAACUUUGUCAAUCCAAGAACACGUACAGUGCUGGUAUUUAUUAAUCGGGGUAUUAUUUUUUGGGUACACUUGCAAUAUGUAUCAAUUCGGGAAGAAAUUCAGACGCUCAAAUGAGUUCUUUUACAUUAACGUGGACAGGAAAGGAAACACACAAAAAGAUGAUGCGAAUAGCAGUGUGUCAUAUGAUUCUCAAUUUUUUGACCAAGAAAUUGAAUUAGGGGAAUUAAAUGAACAAAGUGAAGAUAUUGCUAACAGUUAUGACAAGCGCCAAGAGUUAACCACCAAAACACAGGAUUUUGAAGAUAUUUUUACCAAGCAAUCUAUCUCUAUUAUUAUAGAGGAAUCCAAACAACCAUGUCAACAUAGUCAAGUAGUUCUCAGUUAUACUUUAUACUGUCUACCACUAGUCAUUUUUUUAAUGUAUUAUAAAUUGACAAUAUGCUUGGUGAUUGCUUAUGCAUGA